AUGCGAAUUGCUCAACAUAGCAAGUCCUGUCAAAUUCUUUUACAAAAAAAAAUCUUCACUUUUGAUGACUAGGAAUUAGUUAACACUGCGGAAUCGACACCUAAUUCUUCAGGAAAUUCAGAAAAACCGUAACUAGUGACAUUCAGAAGUUAAAUACUUCCUGAUUCUAAAAUAGCGAGAGAGCUUCAUGAAGCCUCUAUCUAAUCACAUUGGUACGGUGAAACACCCAAAGAGUAUAUAGAUAAACGUAUUGUGAAGCUCAAGAAACUAAAAUGUAAAUUUUGUUUAUAUGUUAUUUUUAGUCGAAAAAGUUGUUGUGUUGGAUUUAGAUGAGACUCUAAUAUAUCACAAAAAUAAUCAGACUUUGGUUCGUCCCUUUUGUAAAGAAUUUUUGGAAAGAUUAUCAAGGAUAUGUACUUUGGUACUUUUUACUGCUGCAAAACAAGACCACGCAAUAAACGUAAUUUAAUCCAUAAAUUUAAAGAUGUUAAAAAUUAUAGAUCCAAAUAAAAAAUAUUUCAAGGCCAUUUGUACAUCAGAACACAUGAUUGACAAUGUUAAAGAUUUGAGAAUUUUUUAAACUGAUCUUAAAGAUAUUGUAAUUGUUGAAAAUUCUCCCAAAAAAUUUAUGUAUUUUCAUCUCAAUAAUAAGUGCAUAAAUCAAUAAUGGCAUACCGAUCUUACCUUACGAAGGCCAAUAAAAUGAUAAUUAGCUCGAAUUAUUACUUUCAUUCUUAGAAAUAGUGCUAUUGAUGGAUGACGUACGUGUUCAAUUAGCAAAUAUCUUUAAAUUAUAAAACUUUUAUAAAGAAUUAAAUGGAAAAUAAGCCAUAAACAAGUUAUACAAUCCUAAAAAAAUUUUAUGA